AUGAUUCGGACUUCUUAUACGCUGAGAAAAGUGACCUACCACAGAGAUACUCUCAAGAAUGCAAUAAAACAUGUUCUUUUGGAAGCAAAUGCAUCAAUUAAACAUCAGGUUCAGUUUGUCAUGUAUCAGGCUCCGAUAUUACAGACUUCAACCCCUUCCCCUGCACCCACUUUCUGUAUUGAUGACUUGAUUGCCAAAUAUAUGAGAAGAUAUGAUUUAUUUUUUGAUGAUGAUGAAGAUGAUGAGAAGAAAACGAAAUCAAAGAAGAAAAAGAAACACAAAGACAGAAGGCAAAGUGAAAGUGAAAGUGACAGUGAAUCACACAGAAAGGGAAAGAAUGAAAGAAGUAGAUCCCUUAGCCCACAGAGAAGAAACAGAAGAUCCCGGAGUCCCAUAAACAGGUCAAGGUCACCAGGGAGAAAAUAUAGAGAGGAUGACGACAGAGGCAGCUCUAAAAAUUCUAAAUAUAGAGAUGACAGACACAGAGAGGAUAAAUAUAGCUCACAAAGGUCAUAUGAGAGGUCGUACGAGGAUAGAGACAGGAGAAGUGAUAGAGACAGUUAUAGAGAUUAUGACAGGAAUAGAGACUCUGACAGGAAUAGAGAUAGGAGGAGGAGUAGAGAAAGAGACAGUUAUAGAGAAAGAGAGAGUGGUAGAGAUAAAUACCGGGACAAAAGAAGAUGAUGCUGAAAAUACAUGUAAAAGUGUCAUUAUGCAUAGAAAUUGUACACUCAGUUAAUUUUGUAAAAUGGAUUAAAGUGAUUGAAAAUCAUUUAUUAGUUUGUAAGGUUCAUGAUAGAGGAACCUGGCUGUAAUCAAAUCUUGUAAUCUAACUUGCUUUUCCCUUAAGGAUGAAAGGAUGAAAUUCUUUAACGUUUGGAAUACUUUUAUAUUUAGACUUCUUAAUAAGAUAAAACCCAGACACCAUAAAGUCAGUCAAAACUUUUUCAUAUUUAGAUAUUUUACAGACGCAUGUGUUCGUUUAAUACAAUACGCUAAAUAACCCAUCACUUCACAAUACAUAUAACAGUGCAAUGUACAUGCAGGAAGCAAGCAUUCGUGUUUACCAACAAAAGACAAUAAUGGCCAAGUAACAUUAAAUUAUGUGAAAAACAAAAUGUUUUUAUUUUAUAGCCUUUCCACUGUCAACUUUCUUAUUCAUGUAGAAAAUACCACCAUCAAAUAUAUGUAUAUGAUGUUCUAGCUGAUUUUAAACUGAUUUAAUACACAAAAAACAUCUUAAGUAAUUUACUGAGCAUUCAGCAGUCUUGAUCUUUGUUUCCAUAUUA